UAUCUUUGACUCUGUGGCUUUUUUCGGCUAUCAUUAUUCAUUAUCUCUCUGCCUCUCUAUAUCUUUGACUCUGUGGCUUUUUUCUGCUAUAUAUUUAGCACAACAAAAAUACUUCUCUGCAACUCAAUACCGCCCGUUUUUUACAAGUUCCGAAUUCUAAAACUUUCAGGUUCAGCAACCAUAAAGUAGUUCAUUAUUAUUAUUAUUAUUAUUCCUUGUCAAACUUCAGUUUGAAGAAUGACAAUUCCGAGGUCUUCAUCGAAGCUAGAAACCAAAGAUUCCGAAGAAGCUGACAAGAAUUCUGUGCCGUUGAUCCCAGGUUUACCAGACCACAUCGUCGAGCUCUGUCUUCUUCGUGUUCCAUACCCAGAACAACCUUUGGUACGUUCAGUUUGUUCCUCAUGGAAAAGGUUCAUCACCGACCCAACUUUUCUUGUCACCAAAAAUGCUCUCUCGCUCUCUUUGCCUUACGUAUUCGUUUCUGCAUUUCACAAAUCAACGGCCAGGAUUCAGUGGCAAGCUCUUGACCCCAGGUCCGGCCGUUGGUUUGUCUUGCCUCCGAUGCCAGAGUGCCCUCCGGGCUUUGUGUGUGUCUCACUGCCACGUCAGGGGAAGCUCUUUGUCUUGGGUGGGGUGGGAUCAGAUACGGAGAGUUCCACACAGAGCACGAUCAUGUACCGUUCAUCAACCAAUCAAUGGUCGGUUUUGUCUCCCAUGCUGACCCCACGAUCGUGUUUCGCAGCUGGGAGUAUUAAUGGGAAGAUCAUAACCGUUGGCGGAGGUGGGACCAGCUCAACUGGGGCGAUCACAGCCGUUGAGUCUUAUGACCCAGAAGGUGACACGUGGACUCCGGUAGCUAAUAUGGACACGUGCUUGAAAAGGUACGAUUCUGCUGUGGUCGGUAACAAGAUGUACGUUACGGAAGGGUGGACUUGGCCGGUUAGAUUUUCGCCGAGAGGUGGGGUGUACGACCCUGAUUGUGACACGUGGCGAGACGCAAGUCAAGCGAUGAGGGAGGGGUGGACAGGACUGAGUGUUGUUUUGGGUGACAGGCUGUUUGUGAUAUCAGAGUAUGGAGAUUGUCCAUUGAAGGUGUACGAUCCUGAUUGUGACACGUGGCGGUACGUGGGUGGGCAAAAGUUCCCACGUGAGGAAAUGAAUAAGCCCUUGGCUGUGAAUGGUGUGGAUGGGAAAAUUUGCGUGGUGUCAUUUGGAUUGAAGGUCGCUCUAGGGAAAGUAGGUGAAGUUGGAAAUGGAGAUUUUAAGGUAGAGUGGGAAAUAGUGGAUGGUCCUGAGGCUUUUCGCGACUUCUCUGCUUUGAAUUGCCAGGUGCUUUAUGCAUAAUAAGAAUUCAAAAAGCACAAUUUUCACCAUUUUUGUCAGGUGAGUCGUGAGUAAUGGAAAAAAAA